AUGCUCGGUGGGAAGACAGUCAUCCAGCCCGAAGUCAUGAUCCGUGGCGACCUGGUCCGAUCGAUCCAAUCCUCCUCCAGCAGCAGCAGCAGCGGAACACCGAACAACACGGCUGUAGCAAUUGGCCGCUAUUGUUUCCUCAGCCGAGCCUCGUGUUUACGCCCGCCAGGCCGAUUCUAUAAGGGUGCUUUCACAUACAUGCCCCUACGGAUGGGUGACCACGUCUUUGUCGGGCCCUCGUCUGUUAUCCAAGCCGCGUCGAUCGGAAGCCACGUACACAUCGGAGCGAGAGUGGUGGUGGGCGAGUUUGCCAUUAUCAAAGAUUACGUACGGGUGCUGGACGAAACUGUCAUUCCGCCCAACAUGGUCAUCCCAAGCUUCUCCAUUGUGGCAGGACAGCCGGCAAGAGUGAUUGGGGAAGUGCCAGAAGGCGGCCACGAGGCGUUUGAGCUGAGAGAUUUGUACAAAACAGUUGGCAACAACCCACAGCCGCCCGCGUCCUGA